GUGAGGUAGAACAGGAAAGAUGCGUGGUCCCCGUGUGGCUGCGAUCGCGCUGCUGGCGUGCCUGGCGGUCGCCGGUUUCUCAGGUAUCAGCAUUCAUGCAGUCGCGGAAACAGCAGAUCAAGCUGCUGCAUCAGGGACUGAGGCACCGAAGAUCUUUGCGCCCAAGGAAGGAGCAGAGAAGUUCACCUUCCAGGCGGAGGUCAACAGGCUGAUGGACAUCCUCAUCCACUCCCUCUACUCCAACAAGGAAAUCUUCCUCAGAGAGCUGAUCUCCAAUGCGGCAGAUGCGCUGGACAAGAUCCGCUUCCUGUCCCUGACAGACAAGGGGCAGCUAGGGGAGACGUCCGACCUUGAAAUCCGCGUGAAGGUCGACCACGACAACAAGAUCCUGACCAUCCAGGACACCGGCGUGGGCAUGACUCGCGAUGACCUGGUCAAGAACCUGGGAACCAUCGCCAAAUCUGGCACCUCUGCCUUCCUGGAGCAGAUGCAGAAGAGCAAUGACAUCAACCUGAUCGGUCAAUUUGGUGUUGGCUUCUACUCUGUCUACCUGGUGGCAGACUAUGUCGAGGUGGUCAGCAAGCACAACGAUGACAAGCAGUGGAUGUGGGAGAGCGGCGCAGAUGGCAACUUCGCCGUCAGCGAGGACACUGGCGAGUCGAUUGGCAGGGGCACCGUCCUCAAGAUCCACAUCAAGGAGGACGCCCAGGAGUACCUGGAGGAGGCGAAGCUGAAGGAGCUGGUGGCCAAGUACAGCGAGUUCAUCAACUUCCCCAUCUACCUCUACUCCAGCAAGGAGGUGGAGAAGGAGGUGCCAGUGGAGGAGCAGUUGGCAGGCGAUGAUGAGAAGGAAACUGAGGAGGAAACGGACGCAGACAAGGACGACGACGAGGACUCCGAUGAUGAGGCGCCCAAGACGAAGAAGGUGAAGGAGACGGUGUGGGACUGGGACCUGCUCAACGACAACAAGGCGCUGUGGCUGCGCAGCCCCUCCGACGUGGGCGACGAUGAGUACGCCAACUUCUACAAGGCCCUCGCCAAGAGCGACCACGAGAAGGCGGCAGCGCACGUGCACUUCCGGGCGGAGGGUGACGUCGAGUUCCGGGCGCUGCUGUACGUUCCGGAGAGCGCGCCGCCCAACUUCCUCGCUGACUACUACGGGCACAAGCCCUCGCUCAAGCUUUACGUGCGCCGCGUCUUCAUCUCCGACGACUUUGAGGAGCUCAUCCCCAGGUACCUGAGCUUCCUGAAGGGUAUUGUGGACAGUGACACGCUGCCGCUGAGCGUGUCGCGUGAGACGCUGCAGGCGCACGCCAGCCUCAAGGUCAUUAAGAAGAAGCUCGUGCGCAAGGUGCUCGACAGCCUCAAGAAGAUGUCCGACGCCGAAAAGGACGCCGCCAAGGGCGACAGCGCGGACGAGGAUGACAAGGCGGAGGCGGAGAAGUACGGCAAAUUCUGGAAGGAGUUUGGCCGCGCGCUCAAGCUGGGCAUCAUCGAAGACGCGCCCAACCGGCCGCGCCUGGCCAAGCUGCUGCGCGUGCGCACCAGCACCGACCCCGAGAAAUUAGUCACCCUGGAUGACUACGUCUCGCGCAUGAAGGAGGACCAGAAGCAGAUCUUCUACCUCACUGGUGCAUCUGUGGAGGACCUGCAGAAGAGCGUGUUUCUGGAGAAGCUGAUCCAGAAGGGCUACGAGGUCAUCUUCUUCACGGAGCCCAUCGAUGAGUACGUGAUGACUCACGUGACUGAGUACGAUGACAAGAAGUUCCAGGACGCCUCCAAGGACGACGUCAAGCUGGGCAAGGACGACAAGAAGGGCCUCAAAAAGCUCAAGGAGGAGUUCAAGGACGUGCUGGCGUGGUGGAAGGAGCUGCUGGGCGCCGCUGUGGGGCAGGUGAAGGUGAGUACGCGGCUGGCGACCAGCCCGGCCAUCGUGCUGACGUCCAAGUAUGGCUGGAGCGCCAACAUGGAGCGAAUCAUGAAGAGCCAGGCGCUGGGGGACACCGCGGACCGCAGCUACAUGAAGGGAAUGAAGACGCUGGAGAUCAACCCCCGCCACCCGCUCGUCCUUGAGCUCAAGCGCCAGUUUGAGGAGGACAAGGAGUCGGAUAAGGCGGCGGCGUACGCGCGGCUGCUGUGGGACACAGCGCUGCUGGAGAGCGGGUUUGAGAUUGAGGCGCCCAAGGAAUUCAAUUCGCGCAUCUACGGGCUGCUCGCGCAGGCCUACAACAUCCAGGGGGACCUCGGCAUCUCCGCCGAGGACGCCGCGGCCGCAGCCGCCGAGGAGGUGACUUGCACGCCCCCUGAGACAGGCCCUCUUUUUUGA